AUGAGUGCAGCUGAUGGUUCUGCUGGAUUAAUGCAGCGUGAUAAGGCACUUGUAUUGGUUGGGGAUCUCAAAAGUGCCCUCACCGCUCUCAAGCGCGGCAUAUCCGAGGAGAAACUCGAGCGCCUGCUUGUAGCAUUGGACCGUGUUUGCGUUGCUCUCUGUUUUGGUGACGAGGAAUUUGUCCGAAGUCUCGAUGCUGGUCGCUACGCGGAGGUUCUGGUGUCGACACUUACGAUUGCUUCUCAAAACGAUUUUAGUAGGCUACGCUCCCUCGUGGUACAGGUUCUUGCACUGCUGGCAGAUAUUGCACCACGCGGUGGUUUCGCGAUUGCGUCAGCGAAAGGUGUUCCACCGUUGUUGCAUCUUUUAAAUGAAGUUAACACCCAUGACAAUGAAGCACUUUUAGAGGAGGUACUAAAAUGUAUUAGCCACAUCUCACUUGAGGCACACACGGAAGUAGUGCACGCUCACGCGGUUUCGGUCAUCACUUCCUUGGAGGCGAAGGUGGGGACGCACCAUCUGCGUAUGAUGUGUCUAAAGUGUCUGUGUCACCUCCUCGCGGCCGCACGGUUGAAGGAUUGGAACAAAUAUCUUUUAGCGCCUUGCAACGCCCUUGUUUUGCGAUUUAGCCAACAGGUGAAGGAUAUAUUGGGGGACGGCAAAGAUCAAUCUGAGGAACGGUUGUCGAAGGAGAAUGGAGCGUAUAUGCUGAAUCUCAUUGAGUGCAUUGCCUUCAUAUAUGAUCGGAUAUUGUGCACACGAGAUCAGCUUCUGAAGAAUGUUGCCAUUCUGGAGCAUUCCGUGCCUACGCUUGUCACGGUUUUGGCGCGAACUGUCUCCAUGGGUGCACAAGGUUCUACCUUUCGCAACGCCGUCUGCUCCACGUUUCUGACUCUUUUCUUUACCGAUUCUUGUACAGCUGUGAAAAUGUUUCUUAAGCACGAUGUGUUGCACACCGUCUACAAACUUGUGACUGCCUUGGCGGAAAGGAUGAGGCUCUUCGCACGGAGUGGCGUGAGGAUUGCGGAAGCCCUUUUCCACAAUGAUGUCAGCGUCAUCCCUUUUAUGGCUGAGGAGCAGCAGAUUAUUCAUUUGCUGGAGUUUUUGCUAGUAAUCACACCAGCUGCCAUGGCGGCCCGUGAGAGUGACUACUAUGUCACACUACCGCACUUUGUUUGGCAAUGCGAGGAUGACUUUCAUAACAGAAACGAUUGCAGUGACAGUUUGAGUAGGCAGUUGGAGGGCGAGUACGAAACCCAGCGUAGGUGUAAGACAUUCAGACCAUAUGAGGUAUCUCGUGGCUCUCGCGUCCUCAAGCUUGACUUUAGCAUCAUGCAAUACAUGAAGAAUGAGGUAUCUUUUUACCCACAUGGCCUUAGUCGUCAUGCGUUUCUCUCCGGUUAUGUUCACAGACGUGUCAUGUAUUGUACUUGUGGGGACAACGAUUUUAUGGGUUUGGUGAAUGCAGCCAUCAUUCCACAUCAUCAGAGCGACUACCCAGUUGAGAUGCCAAGGUCGAGGUCCCAGCGUUUGCACAAUCCUCUCAUGCCAACAUCAACAAGGUUAAACGACGCCGUUAACCAGGGGACACGCCCCACCAUCGCAUUAAAUAGAACGGAACUUUCCCCAACUCUUAGCAGUCCCUGCACGAGUCGUUUGAAUGACACUACAACAGAGCGCUUGACGGAUGAAAAGACAUGCUUUUUUUGCUGUAUAUUUUUUCCGGGUUUUGGGGAGAAAUUGGGGCACAAAACUGGUGAGAUCAGGCGGAAAAAGAAAGGGAAUUCCAGAAUGGAUGUUCUUUCCCGUGAGGCAUUUAGCAAUGCCCGUGAAGGGCUUUUGCGUGAUCCUGCUACUCGUGCAGAGUUUCUACAGGCAGAAAUGAUCAAAAUGAUAGUAUCGUAUUGUCUUCCAAUUUUGGCUUCUGUUGUCAAGGAAACCGUGAGUACCGUUAUCGCGCGUCACUGCUCCAUUUUAAUACUUCGAUAUGUGGAUCUCACAGUGGAGUUUUUUCGCGAGGACAACAAAAGCUCGCACCCAAAUAACAGGAACGUUCUAUGUAAGCAGUUUAACCUCCUGUGCUCUCGCCUAGGGACUGUAUUGUUUUACUUGGCCACAACAAACACGAAUCAAUCUUUAACGGCAACUGUGCAGCCUUUUAGGGAAUAUUAUUCAAAUCAGAGUGUUUUGCACGCGCUAGUAUCAUUUGGGUUCACCCAAAACUCUCGGCUCCCAGCUAUGACGUUAAGGUGUGAAAUACAAAUGAGCACGUUGAGUUCAUUUUUGAUACUGCAACACGCCAAUGGUGCUGAGAUGUCUAUCUUCAAUGAGAACGAGAGGCUUAUUCUUCGUCGAAUGCUUGAAAACAGAAGGGGUCAUGUGAGUCGGCAUCGUGGCGAUCUUCAGAGUUCAUUGUAUGGUAGCAGGGGAGUUGCGCUGUGCCCUUUUCAUGGUUCCACGAAAGGUUUUGAGGAAGUGCAUGAAAAACUCAUUGAGCAAGUGAUUUCGAUCAUAUCUCGGGAUUUGCCCAAUGCAUACAAAGGCCCUGAAGAUGUAUUGCUGAAUACUUUGCCCGUACAGUCCUCGGAUGGUUUCACUUUGAGGAUUGACCCUGCCCCCCCUUCUGAACUGAAUGCUAUAAUUGGGACAACAGAAGAGUCAAGCUUCUCACAGAGCUCUAUCAUUUCCGAUAUUAUGAUGCGUGCGUGUAGGCAUGUGGAACUUAAUGCAGGGCUUCAAAAGGUGCUUGCUAUUAAUGAAUACAUGCUGGAGAGUGAAAACAAACUCGCUUAUCUUGUGCAUGAACAUCCUGAGUUCUUGGAGCAACUUGCGGGUGAGCUGCGGGAUUCCAUGAGUCAAACUGUUUUGAGUGCAAAUCUGGCGGAGGUAUUUUUGCAGGUUAGAGAGGGACUUCUUCGGGUGAUUAAUCAACACUUAGGGCUAGUGAACGUUGAAGAGGCUUCUCCUAUUGAGCGUCAACCUGCAAGACUGGAACUGCGUUUUCGACGCAACAAAAUUAUGCAGGCCAUGACAAACUACAUAUGGUCUCCUUUACGCGUGAAACUGGAGUCACUGGAGGUUAAUGUAGAGGCUGGGCAACCAUCUUUGACUACGCGAAGUGUGUUCAUUGCUGGUAAAAAGUACACAGUUGUUGACAUUUGUGUGGCACAAGAAGCCAUUAGCGUUCUCCCAACGACACCGUUGAGUUACCUAGCCAAGCAAAUUCUUUUUCAGCUGCGGCAAAAAUACUCGGAGACAGGGACGCGUGGUCAGGAGGUAAAACGGAGACGAAGUCAAAGUCCACCAGAGAGCAGUGAGUUACUACAGGGUUUGCAUUCUUUGGAUAACUCUCGUAUUUCUGUGCCUAAGGAGGACGAUAGUGGUGGAUCGCAGUCGUUGUUGUUUCGGUCCCUUACACACAUGAACGCAUACACCACGGAUAAUUCAGGGAAUACCGGCUCCCCCGUGACAAGUUCAGCACACUUAUCUCAGGAGAAUACUUGUGUGAGUGAAGAAUAUUUUGGUGCGGCAGCGGUAGCGUUAACAAAUUUCCACCAAGGGGAUACACCUGUAAAUAAUUCGUCUUUUGGGAAUUCAUCGUUGUCUGAUACGGCUGAAUAUACAACAUACACCAUUUCACUAAAUAAUAUUGUAUUUUUCCGAAAUGGCAAUCCAGUGAUGGACUCGUCAGUUUCAGUAUUGGAACUUCUUUGCAACUCUACUACGAGGUCGGUGGAUGCAACGGCUGCCUCCACGGAGGAGAUUCCUCAAUGUGGUGGUCAGCAGUUUCCCACGGGAGGGGUGCAACAUGUCAUGGCACUGUGGUCAAUGACACAUACCCUUCAGUAUGUUGUAGUGAAGGAGCCUUUUUCGCUAAAUCUCGAUGACGCAACAAAGGACGGAGCGCACAGUAACAUUAUGAGUUCCCCAAAGAGGCAGUUUACACAGCUGUUAAGGUGCGCGGAGACACAAUCCUCUUUGAAGUCUGCAGCUAAACUCUUAAAUGAGGUGUUGCAAGUUUUGCUACAAGCAAAGAUUCCCGUGAAUUAUGCAGAGGGAAGACUCUGUAGUGCUCUCAUCUACGGGUUUUACAAUUAUCUUGGUAUAUUCAUGCUGCCGCCAGUUGUCUGGUUUCCUUUUCUCUGCUCGUCGCUGAAUGAGGAUAAGGAUCAGCACCUUGCCAGUUACAUUCUGUGGAACUUUCCACAGGUGUUUAGUUUGAGUGUUAGACGAGCGUUACUGCAACUAGUUUUUUUUGUGCGUCGAGCUCCAACGACGAUGACGUUGUGGUUAAAGGAGGCACUACGUGGGGCUGGGUGGUUGAUCCCCAUACAUGGUUUGGAGUGGGUGACGCCGGAUGUGAAUAUGCACGGCGCAAAGAAGGUGGUAGUACAGCGGGACAACCUUUUGGGCAGUGGUUCUAUUGUGCUGCGGACUCACGCCAUGUGCCCUUUACCGUUGAGUGUGGAGUUUGAAAACGAAAAUGGCUUUGGUGCGGGGCCUGCAAGGGAGUUUUACAACUUAUUUGCCGCUCAGCUUCAAGAGCUGCAGCUCAACAUGUGGUGGAGUGAAACGUUUAUGGAAUCAAAUGGGAAUUUUGUUAGGCGCGUGCAACUACCUCUGUUUCCUGCGGUGCAACAGACAUCGAAAUCGCUGUCGUAUUUUGAACUUUUGGGCUUACUUGUGGGGCGGGUGUUGCUGGAAGAGCGUGCUGUAGACCUUCCUCUUCACCGCUGCUUUAUUCAAGGAAUCCUGGGCAAUCUUGAGGAGAACCAGCUCCGUGACAUUGAUCCGGAGUUGGACGUUCACCUUACGUGGUUGAGUUCCCUCUCUGAGGAGGGACUUCUUGCUUGUGAUUUGACGUUUGUUUUGCCGAAUUCUGAUGCUCACACGGCGGGAGAGACGAUUGAACUUUGCCCCAAUGGCUCCUUUAUACGUGUUGGUGGAGCCAAUGUUUCUGACUACGUCAACGCGGUGCGGCAAUAUUACACUCGAAAAGUUCUUGUGGAACCUAUCAUGCACUUUAGACAGGGACUACGCUAUGCAGUGAUUCCCUCCUACCUUGAACUCUUCAGUGUUGAAGAGCUGCAGCUUCUAAUCUCUGGACCAGACGGGAAGAUUUGGAAGAUACCAGAAGACCUUGAACAAAACAUCAUCGCUGCCCACGGUUACGAUAAGAAUUCUCCCGUUGUCACCUUUCUUCUGGAGGUGGUGAGCAGCUGGGAUGCCUCAUUGCAGCGUGCCUUCCUGCGCUUUGUAACGGGUUCCUCUCGUCUUCCUCUCGGGGGUAUGCAACCUCCCAUAACUGUCGUGCGCCGAACACUUGGAGCGGCGGAGGAAACAGAGGAACAUGUAGCUUUCUCAGACGACUUAUUAAGUGAGGGGGCUGUUAGAGAUUUGCAGACUCGCAUGGAUGCAUCGCUGCCGACAGUGAACACUUGUGCACACUACCUCAAGAUGCCGAGCUACAGCAGCAAGGCCUUGUUGCAGGAGAAAUUGCGAAUAGCUGUGACGGAGGGACAGGAGUGUUUCCUGCUCACGUAA